GGCGAGCUCGCCGGGAGUUACACCGCCACCGCCAGAAAAAUACUGAUUUUUCUCAGUAUUUCCAUGAGAAGCAUUAAUCGUUCCCUUGCACUCCAUUGGGUGGUCUGAAACAGCACCAAGUCAAGUAAUCCCGUUUCAGACUCUUAAAGUCAGAGAUUGAGUGGAACAUCAGUUUUUAGAAGGAUGGAUAGGAUGACAGAAGAUGCUCUUCGCCUGAACCUGUUGAAGCGGAGCUUGGACCCAGCAGAUGAGCGAGACGAUGUCCUGGCUAAGCGACUCAAAAUGGAAGGGCACGAGGCCAUGGAGCGCCUGAAAAUGCUGGCGCUGCUCAAACGGAAGGAUCUGGCGAAUCUUGAGGUGCCGCAUGAGUUGCCCACCAAACAGGACGGCAGUGGCGUCAAGGGCUACGAAGAGAAGCUCAAUGGGAACCUCAGGCCUCACGGAGACGCCAGGACUGCAGGGAGGCCAGGCAAAGAGAACAUCAGUGACGAGCCCGUCGACAUGAGUGCCAGGCGGAGUGAGCCGGACCGUGGAAGGCUGACUCCCUCCCCAGACAUCAUUGUUUUAUCUGAUAAUGAGGCUUCCAGUCCCCGCUCCAGCUCCCGAAUGGAAGAAAGACUCAAAGCAGCCAACCUGGAGAUGUUUAAGGGGAAAGGCAUUGAGGAACGGCAGCAGCUCAUCAAGCAGCUGAGGGACGAGCUGAGGUUGGAAGAGGCCCGGCUGGUGCUGCUAAAGAAGCUGAGGCAGAGCCAGCUGCAGAAGGAGAACGUGGUCCAGAAGACCCCUGUUGUACAGAACGCAGCAUCCAUUGUCCAGCCGUCUCCUGCCCAUGGAGGACAGCAGGGCCUGUCCAAGCUUCCCUCCCGGCCCGGGGCCCAGGGCGUGGAACCACAGAGUCUGAGAACAUUACAGGGUCACAGUGUCAUCCGCUCAGCGACCAGUACCACCCUCCCACAUAUGUUGAUGUCCCAACGUGUUAUUGCACCAAACCCAGCCCAGCUCCAGGGUCAGCGGGGCCCACCUAAGCCUGGCCUUGUUCGCACCACAACACCCAACAUGAAUCCUGCCAUCAAUUACCAGCCGCAGUCAAGUUCUUCUGUUCCCUGCCAGCGCACGACGUCCUCUGCCAUCUACAUGAACCUCGCCUCCCACAUGCAGCCGGGGACCGUGAGCAGGGUGUCCUCACCCCUGCCCAGCCCCGGUGCCAUGACCGAUGCCGCCAACUCCCAGGCUGCCGCCAAACUGGCUCUUCGCAAACAGCUGGAAAAGACCCUCUUGGAGAUUCCGCCCCCGAAACCUCCCGCUCCCCUGCUUCACUUCCUGCCCAGUGCGGCCAACAGCGAGUUCAUCUACAUGGUGGGCUUGGAAGAAGUCGUACAGAGUGUCAUCGACAGCCAAGGCAAAAGCUGCGCCUCACUCCUGCGGGUCGAACCCUUUGUUUGUGCCCAGUGCCGCACAGAUUUCACCCCCCACUGGAAGCAGGAGAAGAGCGGUAAGAUUCUGUGUGAGCAGUGUAUGACCUCCAACCAGAAGAAGGCUCUGAAGGCUGAGCACACCAACCGGCUGAAAAAUGCUUUUGUUAAAGCCCUCCAGCAGGAACAGGAAAUCGAGCAGCGACUACAGCAGCAGGCAGCCCUCUCCCCCACUGCGGCUCCGGCCGUGUCCAGCGUCAGUAAACAAGAGACCAUCAUGAGACAUCAUACGCUUCGGCAGGCUCCACAGCCCCAGAGCGGCCUCCAGCGCGGCAUACCCACGUCUGCCCGUUCCAUGCUCUCCAACUUCGCACAGGCGCCCCAGUUGUCUGUGCCUGGUGGCCUCCUUGGGAUGCCAGGUGUCAACAUUGCGUACUUGAACACCGGCAUCGGAGGACACAAAGCUCCCAGUUUGGCAGACAGACAGCGGGAGUACCUUUUAGACAUGAUCCCGCCCCGGUCUAUAGCGCAGUCCAUCAGCGGGCAGAAAUAACGCCUGUCCGUCUGCUGCCCCAGCCUCGAACCCUUCACCCCUCCUCUCCCAUUGCCCCCAACUUCCGUCGCAUGCAGUGCCUGUACUGGUGCCUACCAUACACGGAAAACAAAACAGACAACAGAAGACAAACCUAGAAAUCAACAGGAAAACACGCGCCCUGCCCCGCCACCCUCUCUCACUGCUGCGACUCUGCCGCUCUUGUCUUCCCUCCGGUUUUCUUUCACAGUGAGGUGCUCUUCGCCUCAGAUGAGGUCAGAGCGAGGUCCUGGGGAGAAAUCUAAGCCCUCUGACGUGUGUUUCUAAAGUUUUUAUGCUCUAAUUAUUACCAUUUUUAAUGAUGUUGUGUGUCCUCCCUUUGUUCAGUGGACGGUUAAACCUUUUUAUUUUCUC